AUGCACAGUAUUUAUGUUUUCGACACCAUGAAGUUCACUGUGGAAUAUCUUCCUCGUCUACAGACAACAACAGUCUAUGCUGAUAUACCAAUAAAUAAUUUGAAUGUCGAACUGAAUGGAACCAAACUAGCCCUAAAUGGCGAAGAUAUUGACGUUAUUCAAGGUAUAACCAAACCGGUGAUUUCAAAGGUCCCAGUAUCCAGUUCCCUUACUUGCGUGAAAAUCCAACCAGAGAAAAUAGAGGUGCUUCGUAAUGCAGACGAUUUAUCGGUGGAUAGAUAUCAGUGGAAUAUAGGUGACUUUAAAGGUAACUACAGUUUAUAUUGCAAGUCUUGUAAUAAUUGUGUUAUGUCUAGUAAAAACGUUUCCAAAAUUAUGCCGAUGCCAUCUUCCCUAUGGUAUGAAAUGGUUGAUUACUGGCAUUGUCACAAACCUCAUGAAGAUGGACCAGUGAAGUACAUGAAAAGAUUCAAUCAAUUAGUUCCCCGGGAGAGAGGUGUCAUAGUAGGUUCUUACUUUUUCAUUAUAAACCCAGGGGAUUGGAAUUUGCUAGCUGUAGAUGAGGAAUUGUUUUGUCAGUGUGGAGAGGUUUUAGGUGAUAAAGACUUUACUUUUGGGAAUUAUAAGCUUUUAAAAUGGAAGUUGUCUUUGAGCAACCACAAAUAUGACGACUACAAUAUGGUCUAUUGCCGGUUUUUUGAGGAAAUCAAAUACACUGCAGGCCGUAUUUUCACACUCACUAUACGGGAACGGAAAGUCUGCAUAUGGUGUUUUGGGUUCGAUAUAGAUGUCAACAUCAAUGGAACAAUAAUGAGGAAAGCACUGAAGAUACUUUUCAAAGACACAGCCGAGGUACAAGGGGAAGAAUUAGAUCUUGAGUACGAACUACCCUACGUUGCUUUUUUGAAGCAUAUAGAGAUGGUGAACGCAAGCCUAUUAGAACAUUUGCAGACAUAUAAAGAAUGGAAAGUCAGUUAUAUACCUCAAUAG